AUGUCCGGACCAUACCUCCACGGCCAUCAUGCCUCCGUCCUCCGUUCUCAUAGCUGGCGUACAGUCGAGAACUCCUGUCCUCACCUCCUCCCUUACCUCAACAACCCUUCGCUCAAGAUCCUCGAUGUAGGCUGCGGGCCAGGCACCAUCAGCGUUGAUCUUGCUACCCGCGUCCCACAAGGCUUCGUCUAUGCCAUCGAUCCCUCUGCAGAAGUGAUCGAAAAGGCACAAAAACACGCAGAAGAAAGGGGCGUCACAAACAUACGAUUUGAGGCUGGAGAUAUCUUUGAAUGGGACAAACUUGACGGCGUAGAGGAAGGAGGCUUCGAUGUCGUGCACGCACAUCAAGUGCUGCAACACCUACAAGAUCCGCUGGGUGCGAUGAAGGAGAUGAAGCGGUUGACCAAGUCAGGCGGCGUCGUUGCAGUUCGAGAUUGCAACUACAGCGCUAUGGACUGGUACCCAGAGCAUCCAGGCAUGCAGAAGUGGAAAGAUCUAUACAUCAAGAUCGCAUUUGGAUUGAAGGCACAUCCCAAUAUGGGCAAGUAUCUGCAUGCGAUAGCCAUGCAAGCAGGGUUUCCAAGAGGCGAUAUCGAGGCUAGCGUAGCGGCCUGGACGUUCAGCACGCCGGAAGAGAGGGAGUUCUGGUGCGGACUCUGGGCCGAUAGGACUGUUAAGAGUGACUAUAAACAAAGGGCUCUAGACAGCGGAUACGCGACCGAGCAGGAUCUGGAAGAAAUUGCAGCGACGUGGAGAGAGAUGGAGAAAAAGGAAGACGGAUGGUUCGCCGUUAUCAACGGACAGAUCAUAUGCCACGUUAGGUAG